AUGGCCAGCAAUCCAUUUGACGACCUUGCGGUAAAGUAUGUGCUGCAAGAUGAUGAGGCAGCACAUGGGCAGGCAGCACAAGCAGCAGUCGAUCAGAUUGAGCAGGCCGCCGGAGCAUCUCCGACAGCAUUGAGGGCCGCCAUCGGCCAGUGGGUAGCGUCUAUCAACCGAUGGCUAGUUCCCCAAGCCGACGAUGAGGACGACAUCAUAUCGAGGGGCAAGGCCCUAGGAUUUCUGGCGAGCACUUUGGAUCGUCUUAAUCCCAGCAUUCUCAGAGUCGAUCAGGUUAAGCUGCUCCUCGCCUUCUUCUGCUCUCUCUUCUCCAGCGACCAUCGCGCCGGUAUCGAUGCAGCUUCCAAGGCACUCAGCUCCUUGGCCAGCAUGUCUUCGUUCCGGGCAAUAAUGGGAAACGACAUCAUCAUUGGCAUCACGAAGCUAGGCAGCGAUGAUUUCAAACGACAGACUCCCGCUACACGGCUUACGAUCUACCAGCUGGUUCGCGGGCUACUUCAGAAUGAAGCGGUCGUUAAAGACUUGGCAUCCCAGCACGAAAGCUCUUCGACGUUUAUGACGGCCUUGAUUGACCUCUGCAGAAAUGAGAGGGACCCCCAAAAUUUGAUUGUGUGGUUUCAGAUUCUCUCGCUUUUCCUGCAAAACUUUGAGCCGGCGGAUGAAGUAACAGACGAAGUAUUCAAGACUUUCUCGGCGUAUUUCCCAAUCACAUUACGGGCAUCAGCAGCCCCGUCUGGCAUUACAGUCGACGACUUGAAACAGACGCUACGUUCCUGCUUCUCUGCUCACCAACGCGCAGCCCGUCUGGCUAUACCGUUCCUGCUCAACAAGCUCGAUCAAGGUGAGGCAGUGACGGUUUCGGUAAAGGUUGACAUUUUGCACACACUUGAGGCAUGCCUAGCACAUUACGAGAAUGUCCAGCAAAGCGUUGUGCCAUACACGGACCAGGUAUGGUCAUCCCUCAAGUACGAGGUUCGGAAUGGGGAGCUAGUGGAUUCCAUCGAAGCCACUUUGAAGACUUUGGCAACUCUUGCAAGGAGGCUGCAAGGAGAAGAACUGCAAACGUUUCUCGGAGGUGUGUGGAUCGAUGUUUCUGAUGACAUCUCGAAUGAGACGUACACUCGAUCUGCCGGCAGAUUACUUGCCGCCAUUUCCGGUGCGAGCAGAGAGUCCUUCUCUCUGUCUUCGAAGCAGACUAUCCCCCACAUUACGGCAACGUUAAAGAAUACGAAGUCGCCGUCUCACCAGGCCGAGCUACUGGGCGUUCUGAACGCUCUACUCCAAGUGCGAGCCGUAUUGACAGAGGCAGAAGGCUCAUCCGAGCUUCAGGAUGAUUUAUUUGGCGAUGCCCUGUUCGAUGAUGUUUUCACGCGCUUAUGGUCAACAUGGACCCAAAGCCAAUACUCGCCUGACCGCCCUACGAUUAUUGCAAAGCUUAUCGACGGCAUGUCGUAUAUGGUCAUGCAAAAGUCAAGCAAUGGUACCAAGGAGCGCCUUUGUUCUGACGCUACAUGCAACCGUGCCUUCAACUGGCUAGGCACCCCUUCCAUCAUAUACCCGUUGGAGGGCCGGAACUUUUUGCUUGGACAAGAUGACAAGGAGUAUGAACAGAUCAUUGUUGGUGCCACAACUGCCCUUUCGAGAUUGUCGCACUUGUACCCUAGCGGCUUCCAGCAACUACUGGAGCGGUUUCUGAGCGCACUUGGCAGAUAUGCAGAGAACCACUCUCCAGCAGGUCGUGAUCUGUCUACGAUCAAAGAUGUUACAACGCGGCUUUCCAUAAUGGCAUUCAAGUCUGAGGAGCUCAAGCAAGUACUUGUCGGAAAUACUUUAUCGCUAGUGACUGCCUUGUUACAAGGACUACACACGCUAGCAAGUGCAUCGCCAAAGUACGGGCAGGCGUUCAUCGAAGCUAUACAUAUUGCCAUCAUACGGCCUCUCUCCACCAUUUCGGAUUCCCUCUUAAAGUCUAAGCAGCAAGCACCGGGUCUGGGAGUUGCAGAAUCGCAAGACUGGCUAGAACAGCUGAACACUCAAGUGCAAGGCUUACCCGAUGUUAAUAAGGGCAAUCUGGGCGAUCUCACCAAAAUUAGCGAGGACGUGGCAAAGGAGACAAAUGAUCUGGGUCUCAAGUAUCAGCUUCUACUCAGAUUCUCCAUGAGCCUGGUCAUUCAGCUUUACCGCUAUUCUCUGGACGUACGACUGCAACAUGAUGCGGAAAACAAUAUUAGCAUCGAUGUUAAGCCUGCUCUUUUGAAAGACGCAGACAUCUACCUACACCGCCUGGGUCAGUUUGCUGCAGACGUCAUACGGUAUCUGAGCGAGAUUGAUCAAAUCCAGCUGCGUCUCGGCCAUGAGGCGAUUCUAUUGUUCACCGAGCCACAGGAUGCUGAUGACCAAGAGACGAAGAUUGCUCGCGCUGCAGGCCGAUCGGAUGGAACAUGGGCCUUGUGCAGAGAUACUCACCGGACAGCACCCCUCGUGCUGGGGAUAAUACAGAGCCUUCGACCUGUUGUUCUCGAGGACCUGUAUAUCCACAGCGUUGUCAGUGACCUUUGCCGGAGGUUGUGCACCGUAGAGCCUACUGUAAUUCCACCGGAUUGUCGGGCAGCUCUAGACGCCAUGCUCCUUGUAUUGUCCAAUAAGCUUGGCAAAGUAGAACUUGGACUCCAUCUCGACCUACAUUCGGCUUCGUCUGCAGCUAUGCACGAAGGCUUCCGUUCAGCCGUUGAAAACAAUGUGGAGGCUAGAGGACAAAAAGUACUCCUCAUGUUUCUAAGCACUCUGCACUAUCUUGCAGGAGAUGUUGCCAAUUACUCGUCCAAUCAGCAGCGAAAUCUGCUCCUUCUGGAACUUGCGCGGCGCGCCCCAACAUGGCCACGGGUCGGACGCCAGUUCUGUCGGUACUUUGAGAUUCUUCUCGGUCCGAAGGACUAUUUGACCAAGAAAAGCUAUGCGACAAUCAAGCCCCUGCGUGGCCAGUGGCUAUACAACCAGAUAGUCAAGCCCUACCUUGCUGAAUGCUUUCCUCGACCCGCGGCUCCGGGGCGUACUGGGAUUGACGAUAUUGCCGCUACAAAUCGAUCGGUGUUCGUCUUCUCACUUCUACAGCAUCUCGACUACUCGGUAUGGCGAAACGAGGCCAGUGCGAUCUUGUUGAUCGUGAUUCGUGCAUUGCAGACUUUCGGUAUCAGCAAGGACAUUAACACUGUCCUGGAGAUCCUGUCAAAGCUCAUGGAGGCGGAUGCGGACCUAGUCAAGGAGCAUCUGAGACCGCUGAUCACGAGCACUCUUGCCGUCUACGAAAUGGCUCGAAAUGUCUACGAUGCGACGGGUUUCAUCAGCGAUGACAAUGUACAAUUCUCAAAGAGAGAAGCCGCCAUGUGCCGCAAGUUGUGCCUUGCAUUCAUUGGCAGGCUGCCCAAGGCCUUUGGUGGCACAGUUCGUCACAAUCUUUUGCCAGAGCGCCAAGCCGUGCUCAGGGGCCUGUCGCGGGCAUGCGGCGAUCCGGUUCGCGAAGUAAGAGAAGUAGCCAUCGUGGCUCGUAGGGACUGGGACGGUCUCUCCUAG